UUUUACUUUAAUGUUUUUAGUUUUGCAAAAAUGUAUCCUGCAUGUGGUCAACCUCAGUGGUCUGAAUUGCUAUGUUGUUUAAAAUGUAAAACUAUUUUCUCUAAUGAUGUUCUUCCAGUCAAUCUUGGUUGUGGCCAUCUAAUGUGUUUGAGAUGCACUAAAACAAAAAAUAUCGUCUGUCCUCUAGAUAAGAGUUUGGUAGCCUCUUCUGCAAAAUUCCAUUACAUAAAUGGACCAAUACUUUCUAUCAUCUCCGGUCUAAAAAGAAAUGAUUUUGAUUGGCUAAAUGACACAUUAAAAUCAUUUAAUGGCAAAAAAGGAUUUACCAAUCUAAAUGAAAUUGAAAUAAUUCUUUACUCGUUGGUUGAAUAUUUGUAUAAAGUCAAUUCAGAGAAAGGGGCAACAGUUUCAUCUAAUCGAAUAUCACGAACUAUUCAAAGAAAAUUGCUUUCGCUUCUCUGUGCAAAUUUGUUGAAAGAAGAAGGAAGAGAACAAAUAAUCCAAACAAUUCGCUCUAUGAGCGAAAGAAUUAUUUCUGAAUUAGUUUUGCAUAUUCAAAAUAAUUCAAAUUUGUCUUCAAGUUUGUGGAGUGCUGUUAGAUCUAGAGGUUGCCAAUUUCUUGGGCCAGGAUUGCAGGAAGAUGUUUUGAAGUUGGUACGUCAUGCAUUGUUGAAUGGAGAGAAAAUUGCAAGAAAAACACUUGUUCUUUUUGUUGUUGAUACAUUAAUACAUGAAUAUCCAACAAUUUCCAAAACUUGUGUUGGGCAUGUUGUUCAACUUCUUUAUCGUGCUAGUUGCUUUAAUGUAAUUAAAAGAGAUGGUCAAUCCUCUUUGAUGAAUCUUAAAGAUCAAUUUCGUGAUUAUGAUGCAUUACGUGCUGAACAUGAUGCUCAAAUUGUUCAAAUUGCAAUGGAGGCAGGUUUGAGAAUUUCGCCAGAUCAAUGGUCUUCUUUACUUUAUGGCGAUUCUCGACAUCGAGCCCAUAUGCAAUCAAUUUGUGAUCGUUUAAGUCAAAAUUCUUUGACUCAUGCAGUUGACGAAUUGCGAAAAUUGGUCAGCCAACAGCCAAAAGAAAAAGAAUUGUUUGAUAUUAUAAAUAUUUUUGGACAUUUUGAUGAGUUGUCUGCGUUAUUAGAUAUUAAAAGUCCAGAUUUUGGCAAUAUGGAAAAGUCACUAGGACAUUUAAAUUCUAUUCUAUUGAUUUAUUCUAAAUUUGUUCAGAGCCGAAAUUUGGGACGGGAACGACGACUUGAAUUGGUCAGCAAUGAGAAUCGGCAAUAUAAUGGUGAUAAUACCGAUCGUCCAUUGCAAACUUUUUUGAAUUUUCGUCCACCACGACUUUGGAGCCCAGCUGCAUCAAUUGAAGUUGAUUGUCGUCCACAGCCUCCACCAAUGCCAAUUAUGUCACAACCACCCAGUUUGGCUAAUUAUUUGGUUGAAUCUGCUUUUGCAAUGCCAAUGGGAUCACCUCCAAAUUUUAUUUCUCCACCGUUGGCACCUCCACUUAAUUUAUCUCCAAAUGGUUUAUUUCCGUUUGGGGCAAUGAGAUGUGGAGAAGGGAAUUGUUUGGUUGGUUCUCCGCAACGGGAUUCUAUUGAAAAUUUACCAGCAACAUUUCUGCCUGUGUUGCCUGUUCCUCAAAAAAUUGAUUCAUCCGAGCCUCUACCAGUUUCUAAUACGCCAUUCAUUUUGAACCAAUCAAGCAGUCCAACAUUGUACAAUGGGAGUGGACCAUCAAUUAUUGUCUUUAACGGAAAUUCAAAUCCAGAAUACACGCUUGAUAACAAUCCUUCAACACAAACAUUCAACAAUCAAGCAGUUAACAACAAUGGAACUAAUGGAGGAGGAGUAUUAUUGUCUUCAUCUCCACCAACAUAUCAUUUGGGUUCAAAUAAUCUUGUUCAAGUUCCUCCUCCAUCACAAUUUUCUAUUCCAAUUCAACAACCAUCAUCGCUCAUUCUCUACGGGUCAACUCCACCUAAUCCUUCUGCAUUUGGUUCACCACCUCUUUUAUUUCCUCAUUGGUUUUUUUGUUUAAAUAUUUGA